AUGGGUGUGCAAUUGGGAGGGUCAGAGACAUCGUAUUCUCGCAAUGGACCGAAUGCACAGCUGAAGAAAGUAAAGAAGGGGAAUGCGAUCAGGCUGAGCUCACUCACUCCUGAGCGCUUGUCUGAAGACACAGAGUGGUAUAUUGACAUGUACUUCCUGCCUUAUGGAAAGGCGGACCCCACGAAGACCACCAUGGUCAUCGGUAUUUCUUUGUCUAAAUUAAGCGUAUACCGUCGUUGGAAAUUCAUCGAGGGUGCUCGCAAGAUUACAUGCCUACAUCAUGAAAGGGCCUUCGGCACAAACACCCAGGCCAUAUACUUGAGCUGGAAUGCUGCGGCUGUGAGAAAGGAAGCCGAUGACACGCCGCCCUGGAGCACAAAUAGAUCAACGACGAAGAGGGGCGCAAUUAUCAUUUGUGCCGAGGAACUUGCUCUAGUUGACUAUUGUUCUCAACUUGAUCACGAGGAUGAAACGACGUCGAGUGAUGCUCCAGUUGACGAUGACGCUUCAGAUACCAAUGACGCUGCCAAUGGCAACGACUCUGGAAUUGACGACGACGAUGAUUUGAACGAAGAAAGCCCUCAGCCAGAUUCUAAGAGAAAGGCGCAAGAAUCGCAUGCAACACAGAAUUCAGAGAAGCUCGAGGCAGCAACGCCCCGCAACUAUCUGCUAAAGCUUAGUUGCCGUGAGGUAAAUGGCCCGCUCAGAUUCGACGCAUUCGACGGAACCAUCGAUUUCCAGGAUGAGAAAUUUGCUAGCUUUGAAGGAGAAGCAUACUUUCCUUGUGCGGGCUACAGGGUGCCGUUUGUUGCUCGAAAGGUCACGGAUGUGCCUGAGGUCUUCGGAAGGGGCUGGGGAGCCUAUGGGGAAGAGCGCAUACCAAUAUGCGCGAGUGAGGACGGGGAGAUGGUGCUAGAUCUUAUCUUUCGAAAACAAGUCGUCAAAGACAGCAACUGGAAUGGCAAUGAACGCGCGUAUGCGAUUUCCUACCGUGAACACCUGUAG